CAUGGAAGCCGAGCCAGCAGCAGAAGAUGUAACACUGGACAGUUGGCCGUCGCCGCUGGUUCAACUUUUUGGGCUGACUAGCGCCUAGGCUGCUCGUGUGGUGUACGGCCUGGCCAUUCUGUUUACUCGUUUCUCUCUCAAGCUCGAAAAGAACUCAAUUUGCAGGACAUCCGCCUCCGCCGCCUGCAUCGUGCUCCAUCCACCCCCCCGACCCCGAAUCGAAUCCAGCUCCAGCUCCAGCUCCAGCCACCGCUGCCGCCCCACCGCCCUCCUCCGCCCCCCCGUCCCGCCGCCACCGGGGCCAGACGAGAGCGCAUCAAAUCAUCCGGGAAGGAAGGAAGCACACUAGGAUGGAUUAUCCCUAGCUGGCUAGGCGCACGGCGUAAUGCAAAGCGACCGCAGCCGCUACCCAACGGAUCAAGCAGCAGGUAGGUGGAGGGAGCUGGUAUACCCGGAAGUUUUGGUAACUAAUCAGGUGUAGUUCUUCUAGUAAGUAUCAGCCGUUCGAUUUCGGGUGCCGAUCCACUCGAGAGCACGCUUACCUUGCCGCCCGCCAUGGUGGUCUCCGCCCCUCUCUGCCAUGGCUUCCUGCCCUUUUCCGCAGCUGCCAAGGGAUCCUCUGCGUGCUCCAGGAGGCGGAGGCUGGUCCUCGGCGCCGGCUGCCACUCCAGUCCAGUCGCUGCCGCGGCGACAGACGCGGCCCCGGUGGCCAAUGCCGCCCGCGUCGCCAGGAGGAGGUGCGAAUGCUUCGAUCUCCAUCAGCAGAUAGUUCCUUUCGCUGAAUCGUGGGCUAGGCAGAAGUCCAUUGUUAAGAGGAGGAAAGGGCUGGUGGACAGCAACGAGGAUCACACGGACACCUUGAUCGCCCUGCAACAUCCACCCGUUUAUACGUUGGGCACCGGCAGAAACGAGGAGUUCCUCCAUUUCGAUGUAGGAUAUUCUCCUUAUGAGGUUCAUCGUAUUGACCGUGGCGGGGAGGUGACAUAUCAUGGUCCUGGACAGCUUGUCAUGUACCCGAUUAUCAAUUUGCGGUAUCACGAGUUGGAUCUUCAUUGGUACCUUAGGUCACUGGAAGACGUGAUCAUCCGUGCCCUUCACUCCGCAUUUUCUAUUAAGGCGUCAACAGUAAAAGGCCUCACUGGUGUCUGGAUUGGGGAUCAGAAAGUUGCAGCUAUUGGAAUCCAUUGCUCACGAUACAUAGUAUAUCAUGGCCUAGCUCUAAACGUCACAACCGACUUAGCCCCUUUUGAACGUAUCGUUCCCUGUGGCAUAAAGGACCGUCGCGUUGGGAGCAUUAAGGACAUAUUACAGAGGAAUUCCAAUGGAAGGGAACUUAAUGAUGCAGAACUGAUGGAUAUAGCUUACGAGUCCUUGAUCAAAGAGUUUGCUGAGAUUUUCCAGCUCUCUCUGGAACCCAGCACUGAUUUGUACCUUCAGCCAAAGUAAUAAUGUUAUCAAUUAACUGUGGGGAUACAUUGCUAGAGUAUCGGAACCACACUUCACCGAAGAAGUCGGGCACAAACACAAGCAUAUUGUAGCAGCGGCAGGCUAGCUUUAUUCGAAACUGCAAUCUCCUCCAGUCCAAUAUAGUUGCAGAACUAGCGAUACGGGUGCAUGAAUUCAGGCCUUUGCGUCACCUGCAGAUUCAGUCACAGGAAACGUUUCAGCAAACCUGAGAGUUGUUUGUGGCGCUGGGCAGAAGAGAAUGAUUGUUGCUAAGCAUGCGGUGCGAUUGGUCAUUGAACCCACCACUGCAAACAUCGUAAGAGCAAGAAGGGACUACCUUGAGUCCUUGACAGAACUUAAAGUUGUUCGGCCUUUCUUUGAAAGACUUCUUGAAUUUGAAUCGCCUUUCUAAGCCUCCUGAUCCAUAUCUAGCCAUUUUUUCCGUAUUACAGUAAAAUAACAUUUAAACAUUGCAGAAA